UAUUUGGUACAUCCCAUUUGCUGACCUGUUCACACAAGAUGGCAGCUUCAUUGGAAGAAGAAUUUGAAGAUGCGCCCGAUGUGGAGCCUUUAGAACCAACAUUGAAAAACAUUAUAGAGCAGAAAUCUCUGAAAUGGAUAUUUGUUGGAGGCAAAGGUGGUGUUGGCAAAACGACAUGCAGCUGCAGUCUGGCUGUCCAGCUGGCUGCGGUGCGCGACAGCGUGCUCAUCAUCUCCACCGACCCGGCCCACAACAUCUCAGAUGCCUUCGACCAGAAGUUCUCAAAGGUGCCCACAAAAGUGAAGGGCUACGAGAACCUCUUUGCUAUGGAGAUUGAUCCCAGCCUGGGCGUGGCGGAGCUCCCAGAUGAGUUCUUUGAAGAGGACAACAUGCUGAGUAUGGGCAAGAAGAUGAUGCAGGAGGCCAUGAGCGCCUUCCCCGGCAUCGAUGAGGCCAUGAGCUACGCAGAGGUCAUGAGGUUAGUGAAAGGCAUGAACUUCUCUGUGGUGGUGUUCGACACUGCCCCCACUGGCCACACGCUACGUCUGCUCAACUUCCCCACCAUAGUGGAGAGAGGCCUGGGACGACUCAUGCAGAUCAAGAACCAGAUCAGUCCCUUCAUCUCACAGAUGUGUAACAUGCUGGGUCUGGGGGACAUGAACGCGGACCAGCUGGCCUCUAAGCUGGAGGAGACCCUACCAGUCAUCCGCUCUGUCAGUGAGCAGUUCAAAGACCCUGAACAAACAACGUUUAUCUGUGUGUGCAUCGCCGAGUUCCUGUCCUUGUACGAGACGGAGCGUCUGAUCCAGGAGCUGGCCAAGUGUCGCAUCGACACGCACAACAUUAUCGUCAACCAGCUGGUGUUCCCCGACUCAGACCGGCCAUGCAAGAUGUGCGAGGCCCGCCACAAGAUCCAGUCCAAGUACCUGGACCAGAUGGAGGAUCUAUAUGAAGAUUUCCACAUAAUCAAGUUACCGCUGCUGCCCCACGAGGUACGGGGGGCCGAAAAAGUCAACACCUUCUCAAUGCAACUCCUGGAGCCCUACAUCCCCCCUACCAAGUGAUUGACCUCUGACACCCAGUCGCAGUCUGAUCUCACCAUCUCCAUCCCCUUGACCCCAGCCUCACUCCUGCAUUACAGCAACUCAGCAAGACCAUCCCCAUCCUCUUCAUCUUCGGAACCUACACCGUUCCAGCAAGAAUGACACACACACACACAUACUGGGGGUGGAGAACACAAGGACACACAACCACCUGCUCCAGUUGUAGGCCUACAGUCUAAAAGAGAAAGGAGGAUCCACACGUGAUUUCUCUCGAUCUUCUCUAUCACUCUUAUCUAUACCAUUCUCAUAUCUCACCAGGGAAAAGAUGAACUAUUCCUAAAGCAUUUAACUUUUCCCAGAGGAACACUCAAGGCCCCCCCUCUCCCUUUCUCCUCUCCUCCUCUGCCUCCCUCCAUCCUCCUCUUCUCUCCAUCCUCUUCUUCUCUCCAUAUUCCAGCCUCAGUAAUGUACAAGUGAAAGUAUCCUUGAUGGCUAAGUUUGGUGUCUGGUGCCACUGCUGUGUGUUUCAGUUAUAAAACAGCUUUGAGACGAUCGACUGCAUCUUCGGUUUUUACCAUUUAAUUGGAGUGUGUCGGUUUGGUUUGCGUCUGAAAUGGCACCCUAUUCCCUGUUUAGUGCAUUGCCACACAUUUUGACCAGGGCCCUGGUCAAAAGUAGUGCACUAUAUAGGGAAUAGGGUGCCAUUUUGGAUGCACAUUCUGACUUCUUAAUGCCCUCCAUUGUGGGAAUGGAGAAUGAUAUGAGUGGUGGGAAAGUUUUGUGUCUGUUUUGGAUGAAGGUGGGUGUGUUAUGCAGGGUGAGGUCUUACUACCCCAGAGUGAAUAGUCACUAUGAAGAGGGAUACAGGCCUAGAGGGAAGGGUAGGGGUUUUCAGAUCAUGUUAUAUUUUUGUCCCAUCAGUCCACUGACCAGCCUUAGAAGGGCAUUUGAAUAAUUGAGUAAUAAUAGCAUGGACAUACUUAACUAUAUUAUUUGACCAAAAUGUUCUCACGCACCACGUGUUUAUGGUGUAAAUAGCAUGUCCACACCUAUAUUUAGUUCAGUUCUUGGAUGAAGAAAUUAUAUUUAUUGAUCACUGGGCAGUGUCAUUCAUCUAUAAUCUACAGUAUCAGAUGGCUACUUGUAAUUAUUUUAUGCCAAUCUCAAUGUUUUCCUAACUCUGAUUAUAAUAGGAGGUCCCUGCAGCAGUCUUUGUAUAAAGCUUUUAAAGUGCUACUUUUCCCUCUAGCCUGGUUGAACCAGACUGAAUGCCGCACUCACCAUUGACUACCAUUGAGUGCAGUGUUCACUCUGGUUUAACCAGGCUAAGUCCCCCCCACCUCAUCCUUUCUUUCUCCCUGGCUGUGUUGGAAAUGGCAGCCCUGGGCCCUGGUCAAAAUUAGUGCACUAUAUAGGGAAUGGCAUGCCAUUUCAGAUACACUCUGUCUGUUGUGUAGAGGGCUCUCUAUUCGGGUACACCGAGUGAUGUUAGAUGGCUACUUGGCUUAAUGAAUGCCUUAUUAGUGCAUUAUAAUAUACAAUUGAUUACUGAAUGUUGAUUGGUCCCCUGUUGAAAGAAAGAUUGGUUCAUUAUUUAGGUCAUAUUUAGACAUCAUUGAGUGUUGGAUUUUUAAGUGUUGCCUGCAUUUUUGCAUUAGUGCACAAUUGGCACAGCUUCUUUCUUUCUCAUCCACAUGCAAAAUGUCCCACUAGCUGUCAAUUUGACUUGUCUUGAAGAUAUACACACACCACAUAAAAAGUGGUCAUUAUACUUCCAACUAUAGCCCCAUAAUCUCUGCAGCAGCAAGACAAGUCUUGGAAGGGUCCUUAGAUUUUAUUUUGUCCAUGCAAUGGUAUUAAUGCUUCAAGUUAUGCAUAUUUCCCCCCUAGGCAAUUAUGUUAAAGUUAAAAAAUAAAACACAAACAUGUUUAAUUCGCAGGGGCA